UAACAAUUUUACUAGGAUGGUUUGCAGCGUGUCCAGCUUCCAGCAGCAGUGCGCAGUAUACCCUUGCUUUCUCUGCUGACUUGGUGCGGCUUAAUUCCAGCAGAAUGGCUCGACAUAGUUGCUGGCGUGAAAGAAUCGAAAAGAACGAGGCCACGGAUGCAUUGUCAUUGUUGUGUAGUCUGCUGCAGCAAAGCAGCAGAAUCUCGGCAGUCAUGCUGCAUCUCGCGACUCUCGCACAUCGGCAAUAUCGUCCAAUUGCCGAGCACUUAUAUCACGCGCUGAAAGACCCAGUGGAUCCGAUGGAAUUCUGUACUAUACGAUCUCUUGAAAAUUUUCCAUAAAAUUUCCCGAAAACAUUCACCUACAGUUUUUCUCUUCUUCUUAUUGACCGAGGAACAAGCGAACGGCGAUACGCAGUCACCGUGACUCAGCAAAGUUAUAUAACAACAUUAUAUAACAAUUAUACACCAUGCGGAUACAGCGCUGGCCAAGUUUCUUGCAACCCGCUCCUUCCACAAUUGUCCUGAUGGUGCACAUGCUGUGGAGCGGUCUGCGCAGCGCCGCCAACCCCUACUACCCCAGUUUCUACGACGCCUCCGCCGGGGACACCCCGGACACCCUCCCCACCCGCUACCGCCUGACGCCCCCGGCCUCCGGCAUCCCCGACGUCUCCUCCCUAAUCUACCAGCAGACCCCCGGCUUCGACGACCCCGUCCAGGCCAGCGACCGCCAGCUCGUCCAGGACGACACCCAAUCCCCCGCCGGCCGCGCCUACGGCGGUCCGGGACCGUACAACAGCCUGGAAGGCAACGGCGGCUACGCGUACGGCAACGGCUACGGCACCGGGCCCGGAUUGCCGCUGAACAGCGGGAACGCGGCGGUGGGGGGCCGGUUCCCGUUGGGCAGCGGCCCGGUGCCCCCAGCGUUCGGGCCGGUGGGCGCCCUGGGCCCCAACCCCUACCUCCCGCAACUGGGGCGCAUCAUGGGCGGGUUCGGGAAGUUCGCGCGGCCGGCCUUCUUCCCGGGCUAUCCCUUCCUGAACCCGUACAUCGGGCUGGAUUUCGUGGGGCGGACGGACCGGUACCGCGGGAACUACAUGAUCUACAACGGGGACUACGACGGCUACGUGCCCCCCACCACGCCCACGCCGACGACCACCACCCCAACGUGACCACCACGGCGUCGCCCUUCCAGUCAGUGUACUAUCCCUAUCAGCCGCAGAACUUCAACUACGGCAGCAUGUACGGUCGCUGAUUGGUUGUUUUGUCAUGAACUCGUUUUAUAUUAAGCGGCACAUUGUAAAGCGAGAGAUAUUUUGGCCGAGAAAAUUCUCGCACUUCUCGCAAUUCUCGCACUUCGAAAAUUCUCAGAGGUUGUACGAAAUUCAGAAAAAACAAAAAUAAUGUUUCUCCCACUUUCUCUGGCACGCCGCUUCAUUUUGUUUAUGUUUAUUUAUUAAAUAACAAA